AGAGAGAGAGAGAGAGAGAGGAAGAGAGAGAGAGGAAGAGAGGGAGAUUUCUCUGGUGAGCUCUUUCUUCUCUUUUCUUUCACCCCUUGUUUAGUGUGAGAGAGAGAGAACAAGAGAAGAAGGGAGGUUUCAAAACUUGAAUAGCUUUAAUUUGGACUGUAGUAUUUCUCUUAGCAGAGUCGAGCUGCCUGAUUCAGGUGAACGAGACUGUAUUUCUCUGUGUGGACCGUAUAGUACCGCUGGGCUAACCAUGUCAGAGAGCAUCGUUAGGAAGAUACAACCCUUCACCAUCGGAACCAGGCUCUCCGUCUCUGGACCUGCCACCAGGUCUAAAGGUCCAAACUUCCCCCAGAGGCCGUCCUGGCAGAGCGACCGGGUCUCCCUCUACCUCAGCCAGGUGCAGGUGAGUGUGGCUGCUCCUUAUCUAGCUCCCCUUGCUAACCGGACCACCCCAACAUCUGUACCUGUUAAACAGCAGCAGGAGGGCAUAUCUACCCAGGACCACCGGAACCAGAAUACCAUGUCUGUGUCUCCCAACUCCCACCGGAGCUCUGUCUCUCCUACCGCCACAUCCAGAUCCAUCAGCAAGAUCACCAUCUCUGGGAGCCCAGAGGACAGCUCCUGGAGGAGACAGGAGGAGUCAGACCACAGGGUGGUUAUUGAGAAGGAGGACAGCUCCUGGAGGAGACAGGAGGAGUCAGACCACAGGGUGGUCAUUGAGAAGGAGGACAGCUCCUGGAGGAGACAGGAGGAGUCAGACCACAGGGUGGUCAGUAUAGGACUAGGACCGGGACGACCCCCUGUCACAGGAACUCCCGGAUCAGAAAACAUCAACAACAACAACAACAACAACAACAUCAGCAGCUCCAAGCAACAGCUGUCCAGAAUAGUGGGAGUCAGCUGUGAGAACCAACCCAGCUCACAUAUUAAGGACCAUGGCAGCAUGUUUGGGUUCCUACAGACGUUGGGGCCCAGAGCAAGGUCCCCAAGGAAAGACAGAGAUGCUGAGACAGUAGUGGUACCCCAGAAUGACAGCUACACCCAACGCACUUCACUCUUUAACCAGGAAGUACUACAGCAGGGUAGAGGGUUAAUCAGAGCCCAGCACCCCGGCAACUCUAAGAUCCAGGACUUCUUGAUUCGGCUGGAGGAGUUAUGGGAGGAGCUAAGGAGACGACAUCACAGGAACCAGUUCUACCUGCAGGCAGGGGAGGAGAUGAGCUUUAGGACAGUGCAUCUCCUCCAGGCCUUGGGUAGUAUAGAAGCUUGGUUGGAGGCAGCAGAGCUGUCCAUGUCGAACUCCCAGCUGGCAGGAGACCCAGAGACCAUGAGGCUGGCUGUGAGAGACAGCUGCCUGCUCCAGACAGAGAUAUCCUGCCGGGGAAUGGAGCUAACAGCACUCAGACAGGAGAUGGACAGGCUGGGUGGUCAGCGGGAGGGUCAGUGCCCAGGAUACCCCAACACUGAGGGCCUCCAGGUGCCACAACACCACACACAGGUCCUCCCAGAUCUUAUGGACCAGGUGGAGAGAAAGUACCAACGUGUCCAGACCGCGUUGACCCAGCAGAGUUCGUCGCUGCAGGACACCAGGAUGCUGACAGAGUUUCUGGAGCGGGUGGAGCUAGAGGAGAGGGUGGAGCUAGAGGAGACCCAGAAGGCCAGGGGUAGGGGCUACAGCAGUAACCUUGGACAGCCUCUCCACGGUGAGAUCAGCUCAGCUCUUACCCUGCUGGGUGAUGGGGGUGGAAGCGGUGGUGGGGAGCCCCUGAUGGAGCCGCUGGGAAACCCUGUAGAGGAGCUGCAGGAGGCAGUGGAGAUGUUGAAUGACACGGUCAGAGAGAGAGGACGAUCACAGAAUCACAUCCAUGAGCAAGCCAUCCAGACUAUGGUCCGACAGCUGGCUUUGCUGUCAGUGCGUGUGGAGGACAGUCUGUGCUGCAGUAGAGAGCUGAACCAGGAACUCCUACAGAGAGAGAAAGACAUGGCCAUGCGCUGUGAACCAGAACAAUGUGGACUAGAGGGACUGAAGGAACAGCAAGACCACCUAGAGGUGAAUUAUGCUGUGCUGAAGGAAGAGGUGGAGGAGCUCCAGAGACAGACUGGUUAUCUAGAGGAGCUAUGCCCAGAGAGAGUGACCUUCCUGGCGGUGGAGGUGCAGGGAGCCCUGGGGGUAUGGAGGGAAUUAAGGAGGAACGUAGAGGGGAACAGAGACCGAUUACGACAGUUUGUUCACCUGCAGGACUUCUUCAGGACCUACCUGGCCAUGAUAUCGUGGAUGGAGGACACCCGGGAGUGUAUUUUCUCUGAGAGAGUGUUGCAUUGUGGGAGGGACGACCAGGAGCCAAUGGCUGCGGAGAUGGAGAUGGACGUCCAGAUAGACAGGAAGUUGGAGGAGUUGGAGGAGCUGGAUGCUGCAGGGAGGAACCUGCUGAACGCUGAGCACCACCUGGCCAACAUGAUCCAUGAGCGUCUGGAGGAGUUGAGGUCCAUGCUGGGAUGGAUGUUGGUCCACUGGAGAGACCAGAAACACCAGAGGAGUCAACGCAGGAAUAACGAGAAUGAACCUAAUGAAGAUCUUAUCGACUCUGAGCCCCCAACAGAGCAGACUCCUGGAGAUAAUAUCUACUCAAAGACCACAGUAGAGUCCACUAGAGACAACAUCUACUCAGAGACCACAAUAGAGUCCACUAGAGACAACAUCUACUCAGAGACCACAGUAGAGUCCACUAGAGACAACAUCUACUCAGAGACCACAGUAGAGUCCACUAGAGACAACAUCUACUCAGAGACCACAGUAGAGUCCACUAGAGACAACAUCUACUCAGAGACCACAGUAGAGUCCACUAGAGACAACAUCUACUCAGAGACCACAGUAGAGUCCACUAGAGACAACAUCUACUCAGAGACCACAGUAGAGUCCACUAGAGACAACAUCUACUCAGAGACCACAGUAGAGUCCACUAGAGACAACAUCUACUCAGAGACCACAGUAGAGUCCACUAGAGACAACAUCUACUCAGAGACCACAGUAGAGUCCACUAGAGACAACAUCUACUCAGAGACCACAGAAGAGUUCACUAGAGACAACAUCUACUCAGAGACCACAGGAGCAGAUAUCAACACAGCCUUUUCCACCCACAGUACCCCUGCUCAGCCAGAGACCCACAGUACCCCUGCUCAGCCAGAGACCCACUUUACCCCUGCACUGAGUGUCUUUGAGGACAGACUGAGGAAAAUAGACAGUCUGUACUGUCCCGCAACAGACCAGCAAAGUUGGAAGGACCAAGAGGAUGGCUAUCAGGUGAUGAACAGCAACACAGGGCCUCUAAGGGGCCUCACCUCUCCCCCAGAGACCCACCAAUCCCCCUGCCUGGUCUUAAAAGAGCCCAGCAGCCCAGCCCUCUGCCUGGGGGGCACCAUGAGCCUAGGGGGCACCUCAGUCAACAGCAGCCCUAAGGUUAGGCUGGGGGGCCAGGGGGUUCGCCUGGGGAACCAGGGGGGAAUGGUCUACCUAGGGGGCACUGUCAAGAACAGCCCUACCCUCAGCCUUGGAGGCAGUGUGGACCUGGGGGGUACUGUCAACCUCAUCCUCAGCUUGGGGAACCAAGGAGACAGUCAUGUGGAGGUGAUGGAGGCUAAUCUUAGGGUGGGUGAGGAGGAGAGCACAGAGCCUGUCCACAGGCCACCUAAAACCUUUUGGAGGUGCUGCCAGGGUCUGUGGGAAAAUACUCUGGGUAGUUUAAAGAGAAAAAUGUAUCGCCAGAGUGCAGAACAGGACAACAACAUGACAUCAGCUCCUGCAUACGAGAGUAUGUUACUGCCCCGCCUCCACACCAAGACCUCCUCCUCUUCAUCCCCCUCCUCCUCCAGGGCUCCUCAAUCUUGCGUCUCUUUCCCCUCCUCCCUGCCCAAGAACACCUCCAUCUUUUCUAGUCUAAAGAUAAGGAGCAAGAAGAGGAGAAGGAAGAGAGACGCUGGCCGCCACACCAUUCAGAAAAUCAUGGUUGUAGAGGGGGAGGAGCAGACAGAGGUGGCAUGUCCUGCUGAAGCUGCACCCCAGCAAAUCACGCUGUACGACACCCAGACCUGGCCAAUGAAGGAGGGCCGGAGGAAGAAGAAGAGCCUAUUAAAGGCCGACGGGGUGGGCCCAGGGCAGGGGGUGGAACUCGUGGACUACAUGGAUAACCCAUUGGCCAGGGAUAUUGAAGAUGAAUGUUCUGGGGUGUCCACUGUCAGCCCCUAUGCAGUGACAGAGGCAGUCUCUAUAGCUCCACCCAGGGGCCAGGUGAGGAGCCACUGCAGGUUCCUGUCUCUGGGGUCUGUUUUGACCUUCGACCUCUCCAAAGACAUGAGGUUGAUCCCCAGUAUACAGGAUGUCAUCACUAUAGGACUCCCAGAACACAGGGGAACCUCCAACCCAAACCUCAAUCCCAACCCUCACACAGAGACACAUGCAGCCCUCAGCUCUUUCAAACAUACCCGCUCCCCUCCCUCAGACACGCACAGAGCACCAGAUAAUGAGGCCGUCACUACUUACAGAUAUGAAACAAUGACACAGAUUCAGACACAGCCACUACUGACACUGACACAGCCACUACUGACACAGACACAACCACUACCGACACAGACACAACCACUACUGACAAAGAUACAGACACAGACACAACCAUUACUGACACAGACACAGCCACUACUGAGACAGACACCGACACAAAUACUAAAACAGACAAAGCCACUGACACAGGCUAUUCAGCUGGAGCCUCUGUCUAAUCUAGAUACAGAUUUUCCUCCUCCUCCUCCUCCUGCCCUGGAUGAGGACUGGGAUCAGAACGUAUCAAGCAAUGACCUAUCCCUAACACAGAUCCAGACCGUACUCCAGGAGCCUGAGCAGGAGUGGUCGGAGCUCAUCUUCAGCAAGCAACCACCAAUCACAGCUUAUUGCCCAAAGAGUCCCACUCCAAUGAACCGAGACCAUUACAAUUACAUGGAAAUGACCAUGGUUAGUAGAAGUCCCAUUGUAAAGAGCAAGGACCCCUGUCCCUCCUCAGCCUAUCAGAACCAUGAGAGCAAGGACCCCUGUCCCUCCUCAGCCUAUCAGAACCAUGAGAGCAAGGACCCCUGUCCCUCCUCAGCCUAUCAGAACCAUGAGCGCAAGGACCCCUGUCCAUCCUCAGCCUAUAAGAACCAUGAGAGCAAGGACCCCUGUCCAUCCUCAGCCUAUCAGAACCAUGAGAGCAAGGACCACUGUCCCUCCUCAGCCUAUCAGAACCAUGAGCACAAGGACCCCUGUCCAUCCUCAGCCUAUCAGAACCACGAGUGCCUCAUUCAGGACCUCAAUGGACACCAGUACCAUCAUAGGUUGAAGACCCAUAGAGAGAGUGUUGACCUCCAGGAGACCAGCCAGGCUUCUCAGAUGGUUGUGAAUCUGAAGGUCAGUGGGUUAGGGAGUAUGAUGCAAGACUCAAUGGACUCUGGCAUCUCUGGUGUCACCAACUCUGGGAGCUUGAAGCUCAAUGCACCUGAUGUUCUCCAAGAGCCCCAGCCCAUGAGGACUGUGGUGGGGAGGCUAGUGUCUCUGGAGGAGGGGCGUAUGGAGGAUGUGUCCACACCCAGGGGAAAUCCCACAGCAACCCCAGCUCCUGCCCACCCAGAGACAAAAACAACACCCAGAAACAGACACCACCAGACAGAGACAGAACUCGACUCUGAUCCGGUCGACCCCGACCUCACCAUCCAUCCAGACCACCAGCAGUUUGAGGAGGUAGAGGAGGAGCUGGAGGACAUCUGGAACCAUAGCAAUGGCUACAGACAGAGUAUCUCCUCUGACAUCAUGUACCAGCCACACCAAGAGGAGGAGGAGGGGGGAAGUAGCAACACCCCAGGACUGACCACAGACCCCCUCUCACCCCCCCAGGCCCAGCCCCAGGCUACCCCCUACAGAAAGCUGAUAACAACUUCUGCCCCUAACCUUCUGGUGGCUGAAUUCACACUCCCCUCAUCCCUCCAAACCCUACUGGGGUACAACCAGCACCAGAACCAAGACCAGGGCUUUAGCCAAGACCCUAACUCCAGAGAAGAGCUCCCUAUGCUGGCUAACAGAGACAUGAGGUCCUGGGCAGCUUUCCCUAGUCAGGACCAACCCUGGAGGACAACAGCACUGGUCAAUGAAACGGCAGCAGAACCAGUCAAGCUACCGGAAAUGGAGGACCAGAAGAGAUAUAUCUACCAGUAUAGAGAGGAGGAGGAAGAGGAUGAGGAGGAGAAGAUGGAGGACACAGGUUGUCCAAAGGACCCAUCAAUGAGUCUGCUGUCUGUCCACAUGGGUCUGCACGGAAACAAUCAGCGAGCUACAAGUUGUGGCACUCUGGAAGGUGUGAUGGAAAAGCAUGGAGAGAGUCUGGCCACAGGGGGGCGAUGUGGCACUAUGAAUGGGAGUGGGUCUGAGCUGCAGACGAUGGAGGGAACUCUGGAGAGGAAACACAAGCUGCAGCUGGGAGGGAAGAAGGCCAGGUCUCGAGCAUGGAGCUCCCAUCAUGCAGUGCUUUACAAACAGACACUCUGCUUCUACCAAGACAGAAAGGAUACACUGAGGAACUGUGUGUGUGGCCUGUCUCUAACCCUGACGGGUGCAGAAUGUGUCUCAGCCCCAGAGAACACUAAGAAACCACAGUGUUUCAGUCUGCGCUUAAGAGACGGCUCAGAGUACCUCCUCAACCCAGCAAACCGAUUCAUGAUGAAGAAAUGGAUGCUGAAAAUACAAGCCAACAGUGUGUCCAGUGAGCAUGUCUCCUCCAUGACGUCACCCAGCGACCUCUUGGUUCAGGACCCCCCCGCCCCCUUCACCACCUCUUUCCUCUCACAAAGUACCAGCACAGGGACGGACAGAGCCAAGGAGAUAGUUGUCCUGACCAGAGAGACCAGAGAGACUCACCGUCAGAUCCCUCAGUUGCACCCAGAGAAACAGCAGGACCCAACAUCCUCAUCACAUACAGGCCGUCGUGGUAAAGGCCGUCGUGAAGAUAACUAUGACUCCCAGAGACAGAAACUGUGUGGUAGAUACAGGGAGAACAGCCCUUCCUCCUUGCACUCCUCCAUCUCUCCUUUCUCCCUCCACAACUCCUCCUCCAUCCCUCCAUUCUCCCUCCACUCCUCUGUCUCUCCUCCUUUCUCCUCUGUCUAUAGAGGUGGUCAGGACUGGCUCAGUCAAGUGAACAAGUGUCACUCAUUUACCUCAGCAAGGUACCAGAAUAUUAAACCAGCGUUGCUGCCCCCAGGAGGCAGAGGCCGGGACUACGGAUCAGUGGGUCUGGACUGUGGGUCAAACUACUCCGUGACUAUGAUUAUAGGAGACAAGCAGUCUGCCGCUUCUCCCACUCUCAGUUGUGAUGGUAGUGGUCCAUCUAUCACCAGUCACACUGACCCACAGCGCCCCCUCCUGGAUGGAUGGCAGCACCACUCAUUUCACCAGGAAUCUACUACAAGAAGGCAGCUUCACCAGCACCAAGCAAUGUACCACCACGACCAGGAACCAUCUCUGAGGUCCUGCACCGGUCUGCCUCCGCCACGCAAGAAGUCUGUCUUCAACAAGUUCUUUGGAAAGAAAGACUGAAGCUGUUAUCAAUCAAUCACAUAUUUCUCUUACCUUUCUUUUGGUAUUUUCUUAAAACUGCAUCAUCGUUGGUUAAGGGCUUGUAAGAAAGCAUUUCACUGUUGUAUUCGGCGCAUGUGAGAAAUAAAAUUUGAUUUGAUAUUUAUGAAGUCCUUUUUUACUUUUACAGUCCUUUCUUGCCCGACAGCUGAGUUAUAACGGACUGAAGUUAACAUCAUAGCAGCACGUCUGGACUCUGACGUCUUGAGUUUGCUAUGUGAGGGCUGCUGUACUCUGUAUUUUUACUCAAUAAGGAUUGGAAACCAAGCAGGCUUUGUGUAUUAAUGUGUGGUGCUCAUUAAAUGACCCCUGCUACAUACAGUAGCUAAUCUAUUUGUGUUUCAACCAUCCGUGUGUGCUGGUAGUCCUAAGUCCUAAAAAUACAGGUAAAACAAGCUGUGUGUCCUGGAUAAUAGUGGGCCCUGAAAUGAUUGACACCCUUGAUACAUGGUUGACACCCUUGAUACAUGGUUGACACCCUUGAUACAUGGUUAACACCCUUGAUAAAUGUUUGACACCCUUGAUACAUGGUUGACACCCUUGAUACAUGGUUGACACCCUUGAUACAUGGUUGACACCCUUGAUACAUGGUUGACACCCUUGAUAAAUGGUUGACACCCUUGAUACAUGGUUGACACCCUUGAUACAUGGUUGACACCCUUGAUAAAUGGUUGACACCCUUGAUACAUGGUUGACACCCUUGAUACAUGAAUGACACCCUUGAUACAUGAAUGACACCCUUGAUACAUGAUUGACACCCUUGAUAAAGAUGAGCAAUAAUGACUGCAUAAAACAAUUAAAAUACUGAGCUAGAUUGCUAUGCUAAAAAAAGGGAUUUUUUUUUUAUACUAAUACAACUGCUCAGAUAAAGAGAUUUUGUUUAAAAACCUUAAAGUCGUCCAAAUGAUUCAUACCCGUUUUCAGUACAUUUCAACUCAAUUCAAAUUACUUUAUUGGCAUGACUUAACAAUGUACAUAUUGCCAAAACGUACAUAUUGCCUUUCAAUACCACACCUUGUGAGGAUAACCGCAAUGAGCCUUUUUCUAAAAUGCUUUAUUAGUUGGAGAACACAUUAGGAGGGAUCGUAGACCAUUGCCCUCUUCUAUUCAAACCACCAGUUUCCAAUGGGUUUUCAGUCCGGAGACUGAGAUGGCCAUUGCAAAAUGUUGAUUUUGUGGCCAAAUAACCAUUCAUUUGUGGAUUUUGAUGUGUGCAGAGGCAACCAUUUUUUUAGCUAAAAUGUCCUGGUACUGGAUAAAAGUUCAUGAUGCCGUUGACCUUAACAAGAGCCCCGGACCAGUGGAACAAAAGGCGCCCACAGCUACUGUAGAACAUGCUGGUGGAUCUGUAAUGUAAUGGGGCUAUUGACCUUCCACUGGUCCGGGGCCCUUGGUAAGGUCAACUUUACCCAGUACCAGGACAUUUUGGCCAAAACACUUUUUUGGUUACUACAUGAUUCAAUUUGUGUUA